UGUUGGCCGGUGAAAUUUUAGAAUAUCGAAUAGCACGAAAAAUAUGCUGUGUGGUGAAGAAUAAAAAAAAAAAUUAAUAAAAGUAUAAAAAUUAGCAAAAAUAAAAUAUAAAAAAAAUAUACUAUAUAUUAAUAAAAAAUAAAAAUUUUAGAAUUUAUAAUAAUAAAAUAAAGAAAAAUGUUCAGAAAGUGUUUAACGACUUUUGCACAAACCACAGUAGCAAAUCCUGCUGGUUGUCUAAUGCCAGUAGUUUGUCGAACUACGAAUAGACGCGCUAGGCAUAGUAAAGCGCAGAGUCGUCCACCAAAAGUUUUGAUAACCGGUGGCCUUGGCCAGCUCGGCAUCGAGUGCGCCAAACUUUUGCGCUCUCAAUAUGGUGCCGAAAGCGUAAUACUCUCCGAUAUCAUUAAACCCAGUGAUGAGGUGAUAAAAAGUGGUCCCUACAUAUUCGCGGAUAUUUUAGAUUUCAAGGGUCUGCAAAAGAUCGUAGUCGACAAUCGCAUCGAUUGGCUGAUACACUUCUCCGCAUUGUUGAGCGCGAUCGGUGAGCAAAAUGUGCCGCUAGCGGUGCGCGUCAACAUCGAGGGUGUGCAUAAUGUCAUCGAACUGGCGAAACAGUACAAUUUACGCAUUUUUGUGCCAAGCACAAUUGGCGCAUUCGGCCCAGACAGUCCACGUAAUCCAACGCCAAAUGUAACAAUACAACGUCCUCGCACCAUUUAUGGUGUCUCCAAGGUGCAUGCUGAACUCAUGGGUGAAUAUUAUUAUCACAAAUUCGGUUUGGACUUUAGAUGUUUGCGCUUCCCGGGUGUCAUUUCAAGCGAUCCACCAGGUGGUGGCACUACUGACUACGCCGUCGCCAUUUUCCAUGAAGCACUGCGCACCGGCAGAUACACCUGCUAUUUGCGCCCCGACACACGUCUACCGAUGAUGUACAUUGAAGACUGUUUACGCGCCUUACUGGAAUUCAUGCGCGCACCAAAAGAAAAACUGCAACGUCGCGUCUACAAUGUGACUGCCAUGUCAUUCACGCCAGAAGAGUUGGUAGAAGAAUUAAGCAAGUAUGUGCCCAAUUUGCACGUGGCUUACCAGCCGGAUAGUCGCCAAGAAAUCGCCGAUUCAUGGCCGCAAGUGUUUGACGAUUCUGAUGCACGCCGCGACUGGGGUUGGCAGCAUAAAUACAGUUUGGACAAUUUGGUUGAUUUCAUGGUGAAGGAUGUGCAAGAAAACUUUAUUAAAGUGGAAAAUACCAAAGCAUAAAAAUUAAAAAUAAUAUUUAACAAACAU